CGCGUCAACUCCACGAGGUUGUCCAGUUGUUGAUCAAAAUUCAGCUGUAAGUUUUUUACUUACCAAGAAAACUAUUAGUUUUCGUCGUGAUCGAAGGCAGUGGACAUGCCUGGUGGGGGAGUGGUGGAACGACUGGAGUGGAGUGGAGGAAAGUGAAAAAGUGACACGAGCAUAAUCCUAUGCCAUGAAGAGCAAAACUGUUUUGACUUAAAGAUGGAGUGGGACUGGUGGUCUAGAAUGCAGGGACCGUCUUCACAACGCAAGGGGCCUGCACGGGGUAAAUGGUGGGCCAAUCUCAGAAACCCUGUCUGCCCUCAGCCCAACUCCCGUUGGCAUAGGCGCCGACCCCAAUCAUUUGGAGUACUGCCAGAUGUGGAUUUGGACUCUGUGCAUGUGAAGACUUUGGAUGAAAUACUGCGAGAAAGAGAAGCUAAAAAGUGUAGAGAACAGGCUAAGACUCUGACCUGUACAGGUUGCGGCAGUCAGGAAACAACCAGGGGAGACCUCCGGAUGGUCCAAUGCCAAGACCAGAAUCCAGUCCAUCGGAUCAGACUGAGCCAGUAUAACUUCCACAGAGAAGACAGGGAUGAGGAUGAAGAAGAUGAAAUGGAAGUGGUUGCUAUGGAUACAGCCGAAUCUGAUGAAGGUGAAGAGAUUUACUUUUCUCCAGAGGAGCUGUAUCCUAAAGAACCUGAUGAGGAGACAAUUGCUAGCUCCCUGCAGGAGGAGGGAUAUGCAACUGCUCUGGCUGAGGAGGAAAGAGUUUCAAGUGAACGAGGAGACCUGGAUAUCCUCCGAGUGGAUGUUGAGUAUGACAAGAGCUGCCAAGAGACAAGUGGAGAAGAUAUUGAUAAUCUUGACUGUUCUCGAGAUGACUUUGAUCCUGAUAAUUCUGAAAGAAGCAUUGGUGAAGAUACAGAUGUAAGGUCUCAGGAGGGGGAGUGUAAAAUUGCUCAGGUUGAGGCAGAAAUCGACAACAGUGAUCAGGAAGACAUGGACGCAGAUGAGGCUUUGAAACAAGAUGAUGUCCAAGUGGAUGGUGGAGGUGACCAGAAUUGCAAAGAGGAAAAUGAGAUAGACGUGGAGGAUGUCGAUUCUUCUCUAGAUGAGUUGUUUUCUGGAGAGCUUGAAAUUGACAUUGACGAGGAAGCUGAAAGUGCAUCUCUUGAGAAGGAAUGCAAAGUUUCUGAGGACUGGCAGGGCAUCAUCCACAGUGAACGGGCAAUCAAGGAGGGAGAUAGUGAGACUGUGGAACAAGGCAUCCUCCUUGUGGAUCCUGGUGGGGACGGGAACUGCCUAGAGGAGGUAGAUUUGGACCCCUCAGAGAAUGUGUGUCUUAGAGAGCUCAAGAAUAAUGCCAGUCAAGUGACAAAUGAUGGCUCACAGGACAGGGAAUGUACACUUCAUGAGGGGGAUAAGGAAAUUGUCUCCAAGGAACAGGAAAUCAAAGAUGAAGAGGUUUUGCUGCAGGAUGACCUUCAAAUGGAUGUAGGAUAUGAUGCGAACUUCCAAGAGGAUGACAAAGACAUUGAUUUGAAUGGUUCUCCAGAUGAAGUUUGUCCUAAAGAACCUGACGGGAGCAUAAAUGAAGAGACAAGUCGUACAUUGCAAGAAAAAAAAGAAAGUCCAACUGUCCAGGUUGAGAAGAAAAUCAUCAACAUUGAAAAGAUUGACAAGGAGAAAGAUGCUGAGGCUGUGGAACCGACAAGCCUCCAAGUGGAUGCAGGAGGUGACAGGAGCUGUCAAGAGGAAGUCAUUGAGGACUCUGAAAACAGUGACGGUUCUCAGGAUGAGCUCCACCUUGGAGAACUCAAUGUUGUUGAUAAAGAGAUCAGUAUCAGCUGUCAAGAGGAAGACAAUCAAGAUCUUGAAGCCAAGCACCCAGUCAAGACGAGAGCCGACAAUUACCAACAAAAUGACAAUACGGUAGAAAUCACCAACACAGACACAAAGGAGGAAAAGGGAGAACGCGAAGUUGAAAUCGGAAGAAAGCUUGAUAAGGCCCUGGAUGAGAGCUCUCAAGAAGACGGCCAGAAGGUCUUUGGUGAAGAUGUAAGUAGCUCCAUAGAAACAGACAAAGAGGAGAGGGAGGAGGAUGUCAAAGUAGGGAUAGAGGAAGAAAGGCAUAAGGGGACAGAAGAUGAUAAUUUCCCUGAUGAAAGCACCCAGGAUGUGGCGGACAGUUCCGAACAGAGUCAGCAGGAUACCAACUGUGUGGAGAAACUCAGCGAUGAGCAGAGCCUUGGUGCAGGCCCUGGUAUGAGUUUGAUGGUAGAUGAUUGUAGGACACACAAGUUAGAAGCUGUGACUACUUUGAACCAAGAAGAGAAUACUGUUUCCUCCUUUACUACCAAUGGGCCUGUUGAUGCUCCAGCUGAAAGAGAACAAGAAACUAGAAAUGCAGCCACUACAUUAAAAAUGAAUGAAUGUCUACCAAGAGCUCUCCAAGACAAAGACGUCAUCACUCCCCAGGAGGCUGUGAAUCCUGUUGAAGGAGAUGACUUAGAACCUCCGGACGUACCUACGGUUAAUAAGGACCAGAUUAAAACAACCACCAGGCCUUACACAAGGAAAAGAAAGUGUGAAGAGAUGAUGCAAGGCUUGGUCAAAUUUCUAAAGGUGAGACAAAGAGUCGGAGUUAGAAUAGAUGCGCCAAGAAAGGCCAGGGACAAAAGUACAGGACAAAGACGGGUCAGAAAUGAUAAGGUUGGACAGGGUGCCAUGGUUAAGGACAAACAAGAUAGGGAAGAAGCUUUCAUCUCGGACAUUCCUGAGGUCCCACAGACAAGGCAGCAACAUACUAGAGUAGCUGCAGAGCCCAAAAGAAGAGGUCGACCAUGUUCAAGACCUAAGAAAAUUGGAGAAGGAGAUUCUCUAAUGUCAGGACAAACAAAAGAAAAAGGUAUAGCUGAUUCAGUGGUUACUCCUUGUCAACUUAGAAAAAGGAGGUGUAAGGAAAGAGGGGAAGAUGAGUCUAAGAAGCAAGGACAAACAAAUCAAGUAGGACCUGAUGCAGAGGUUGCUCCAACUCAACGUGGAAAAAGCAGGUCUAAGGACAGAGUAGGAGAAUUUUCUAUGAAGAAGGGACAAACGGACCCAGUCGGAUCUGAUGUAGAGGAUGCUCCAAGUCGACCUAGAAAAAGCAGACCCGAGGAAAGAGGGAAAGAAGUUUCUAAGAAACAAGUACAAAAAGAAGUAGGACCUGAUUCAGAGGUUGCUCCAAAGCAAUUUAAAACAAGCAGGCGUAAGGGAAGAGGGGAAGAAGAUUCUGCUAAGCAAGGACAAACAAGGCAAGUGGGACCUAAUUCAGCAGUUGCUCCGAGGCAACUUAGAAACAGCAGGCACAGAGAAAGAAAGACGGAAGAUUCAAUGAAGAAGGGGCAAACAGAACAAUUCAGGCCUGAUUCAGAGGUUGAUUCAAGUCAACCUAGAAGAAAAAGGCGAAAGAAAAAUGGGGAAGAAGAUUCUAUCAACAAGGGACAAAUAAAACAAGUUGGACCUGAUGCACAGGUUGCACAAAGUCAGCUUAGAAGCAACAGGCCUAAGGAAAUAGAGGAAAAAGAUUCUAGGAAGAUGGGACAAACAGAACAAGACAGACCUGACGUAGAGACAGCUCCAAGUCAAAUUAGAAAAAGCAGGUCUAAGGGGAGAGAGGAAGAAGAUUCUGAGAUGCAAGGACAAACAGAACAAGUAGAACCUGAUGCAGAGGUUGCGUCGAGUCAACUUAGCAAAAGCAGGUCUAAAGAAAAAGAGGAAAAUGUUUCUAUAAAGAAGGGACAAACAAAAGACGUCAGACCUGAUGCAGAGGUUGCUCCAAGUCAACUUAGAAAAAAAAGGCCCAAGGAACGACGGGAAGAAGAUUCUGCUAAGCAAGGACAAACAAAGCAAGCAGGACCUAAUUCACCGAUUGCUCUGAGUCUUAGAAAAAGCAGGGACAACAAAAUAAAGGAGCAAGAUUCCAUGAGGAAGGGGCAAAGACAACAAGUUGUACCUUAUUCAGAUUUUGCUUCAAAUCAACAUAGAAAAAGCAGACCUCAAGAAACAGAAAAGAUUACUGUAAAGAAGGGACAAACGGAACAAUUUGGACAUGAUGCAGUGGUUGCUCCAAUUCGACCUAGAAAAAGCAGGCGUAAGGAAAGAGGGGAAGAAGAUUCUGUCAAGAAGAUACAAACAAUACAAGUUGGACCUGAUGCACGGAUUGCACAAAGUCAGCUUAGAAGCAGCAGGCCUAAGGAAAGAGAGGAAGAAGUUUCUAUGAAGAUGGGACAAACAGAACAAGACAGACCUGACGUAGAGGCAUCUCCAAGUCAAAUUAGAAAAAGUAGGUCUAAGGAGAGAAAUGACAAAGACUCUCAAGUGCAAGGACAAACAGAGCAAGUCCGACCUGAUGCAAGGGUUGCUCCAAGUCAAAUUAAAAAAAGGAUGAGUAGACGGAAGGUGAAGGAUAUACAGACAAAUCACGAUCAAAAUCAGAAAGACCCAGAGAAGAGACUAAAGAGGUGCCGAUCAAGGGUAAAUACCUUGGUGGUAGAUGGGAAGCAACUGCGGAGCUGUUUGGAGUGCAGUGAUCAUGCGCAGAAGGGUGGGGCCAAUUUGAGACAACUAAAAACAGGAGAGAUGAGGGUAGUGGAAGAGGGAGAUAACAUCCAAAGGAAGGUAAAAAAACUGAAGGGAGAUGGCUGUGUGGAUGAGGAUACCUUGCCCACAAUGUCCCCUUCAACUGAAACGGUGACUGCUCAGAAGCGAGGAAAUGAGCCAAAGCAGUCUACUGUGAGCUCUUUGCAGCCUCCAUCAAAAACGGUUGUAGAAGCAGCUGAUGUUAACCAAAGCUCUCAUGUAGCAACGAAAUUGGACAAAGUGGAGCUGAAGAAGAGUUCUUCUGCCCUUGCUGCCAAUGAGAGGCAGGUUACUGAGAGUGAUGCUGCCGAAUCACCAUGUCAAGAAAGCAUCAAAGUAAAAAGGGGCAGUACCAAGAGGAGGGGCAUCUGGAAAGAAAUGGUCAGCAAGUGCCUACAUGUAGUUUCGAAGAAAAGGAGGAAGAGGAAACGAGAUGGAAAUCAAGACCUACAUUCUCCAGGAUGGGAAGAUGGUGGCUCAUCCUCCAAGAAACAGAAAAGAAUCUUGAAAAUAAAAAUUCCCAGUCCCAAGUAUAAACAAGCUUUGAUUCCUAAGAGUGUGCCAUGCAGUUCCCCAUUGAAAGACUCAACUGAUAAAGUGGAUUCCACUUCGGACUCGGUUAAGAAUAUUUUCCAAGACAGAAGGGUCAACCAAGAAAAGACAGAUGUUGACAUGCCUCAAGACAGGGUUCCAUAUCUUGAAACAUCUCCAAAAUCAAACCAGAACCUUGACCAAGAUGAUAGGGAAAAUCAGCAACUGGCUGGGGUAAAUGCUGUCGACCAGCGCCUUUCUAAGACUGUCAGAUUACCUUUCCUUGAUGCAACUCCAGAAUCUGAUCAAAACCUUGCCCAAGAUCUCAAAGUCAAUCAGGAACUGGAAGUUACAAUUGCAGACCAUCCUCGUCCUGAGACUGGAAGGGUUCCUUACCUUGAUGCAACUCCGGAUUCAGAUCGGAAUCUUGUCCAAGAUAUUCAAGUUAAUCAGGAAUCUGAAGGGGGAAAGUCUGAACAUCCUCCUCCUGAGACCAGCAGGGUUCCUUAUCUUGAUGUAACUUCUGAUUCAGAUCAGAAUGUUGUCCAAGAACCGAGAGUCAGUAAGGAAACUGAAAGGGAAAAGGCUGACCAGUCAUUUUCCAAGACCUCAAGGAUUCCUUGUAUUGAUGCAACUCUAGAAUCAGAUCAGAGCAUUGCCCAAGAUGUAAAUAAGGAAUUGAAAGAGGUAACUUCUAACCAGAUUCUUUCUGAGACAAGCAAGGAUCCUAACAUUGAUGCAACUCCUGAAUCGGAUCGGAUUGUUGUCCAAGAAAUCAGAGUCGAUCAUGAAACGGAAGGGGGAAAAGCUGACCAGUCGCUUUCCGAAACCAUCAGGAUUCCUUUUGCUCAGAUAUUAGCCAACCAGCCUCGGGUCCUGUUGUGCAAACUGAACUUCAAGGUAUCUAUCCCCCUGGAUUGCAUCACUCUGAAGACUCGACGUUCCACUCGAAGAGGACGUCCCAGGAAGAUGACAUCCAUCGCUAAGAAGGCACAGAAGAUGACCAGGGGUCUUAAAGGGAUGGAAGGGACCUGGAACCAGCUGGGAUUCAGAAAGCCAUCCCAGCUCAUCCAGCCUGGCAGCGAGGCACUCUCUGAUGAAUCCUUCUCAGUGCCUGCACAGCAUCCAUCAACAUCUCAAGAAGGGCAUUCCAUUCCUGGACAAGAACGCGAUUCAGCUGUUGCAACCACCUACGGAGACUCUGACAGCCUCAAUCAACCUGUGAGGACUGAAGGUGAUGCUGAUUAUCUUGAUUGCUCAGGUGAAAUUGUGGAGGCUCCAGAAGUUGCUCACACUGUGGAGAUUGUCUCGACUGACGGAAUCCCUCCACCAACCACUAAUGGCUUCGUUGAAGUCGCUGGCAGUGUACAAGAGAGGCUGACGUUCGACUCAGAAAAUUCCCCUUGUGACCAAGAAUCGUGCCAGCUUUGUACACCAGAUGACAAAUCCUUUGAUUACGAGUUAGAAAACCAAGUGCAAAUCAUAAGCAGCGAGUACGAGGCGAUGGGUCUGAGCAGCUCAGAGGAUGGCCCAGACCUGUGCUUCACGUCGGCCUCCAUGAAAGUUGUGGUUACAGCUCUGGCCCCUUCGGGCUGCGCAGAUAUCCCCCUGGUCUCGCUGACCAGCACCCAGUCAGGUGCCGAGGAGGUCCCAGGCUACCCCCACACCCUACCCCCCAUGCAAAUCUUCCUCAGUAAAAUGACUGAAUCUGGGCAGACGGACGCAGCGCUCCAAACAUUUGCCCGGGAUUUGGGCGAGAACUUGUCGAUCGAUCAGGUUGGAGUAACUGAGGAUGUUAGAAGUCCUCUUGAUGCAGAAAAUGAGGAGUGCACAGAGAACUCUCCAAGACUAGAAGCCGGGGCUUUAACUCAGAAAGAAAACUCUGAGACUGAAGCAGAGGUUGCCGUUAGUCAUCAAGAGAGGAUGCCCCAGUCUCCUGAGAGUCGUAGGGAAGACGAGGAUCGUCAAGCUGCAGGCAGCAGCAGAGUGGAAGACUCCAAGCGUACGGAGACAGAAGCUGAACGGAUCCAGGCCACCACCAUUCCAACAGUGACCAGCCCCCCUAGUCAAGACAUCUCAGACUGCUUCCUAACCCCUAACCCACAACCUCCCAUGAUCCUGUCUGCAUCCCCGGAACUGGAUGCGCUACUGUCUACGAUAGCCGACACGUCGUUUGGCGUUGCUCCACCGCAGGAUGCGCCAUCCACGAUGUUAGAGCAAGGAGAGGAGAAUGUUCCAGAGAACCACUGCAAAAAUCUGGCCGUUCCUGAUGGACAAAAGAUGACCGACUAUUUGCAGACUCCACAAAAUGAUGCUUCAAGUGUCAUUCCCGCUCCAAUUACCUCUGUCGCUCCCCCGGCCACAACAUUGGAAAAUGAGGACCUGGACUCGCGCAAUGCAUCCAGCCAGUUCGGCGACCUGACCCUGCCACCUCUAGGCGAGGACUUUGAAUUUCCUGAGGAGGACUGCAUCUCCCUGGACUGCGACACGGAGAGCUUCUUGAACGAUCUCAGUGACGAAUUGACAGAAAUUGACAGGAAGAUCAGUGAUGCAGAGAAAAGAACGAAAUCAGGAUCUCCAUCUCAAUGUAGGAACAGACCCCUGCACACCGCUGACACCAAUGAUCAACUCGGAAAAAGUGGCCCAUCUCGGAAAGAAAUUGCGACCCCCAGAGAGCAACCCUCUAUCCAUACAGUGGACUGGUCCGAGGUGGAGCAGUACCAACCAAUCAGCAGGAGCCUAGCAGGCGGGGACUGUUCCACUAAUGACCUGCGGAGGUUUAUCAGAAAGGAUGAGGGGCACUCCGUGGGGACCCAAGAUGCUUCACAGCCGACAGCUGCGGGUAGAAACUGGUCAACAACUCCGAGCCAUUUCCAAGGAUCGGUAAAUACUCAACCUCAGCCCGUAUCAAGAAACCAGGUGAUACCUAGAGGCUUCUGCUAUGAUUUUGUUCGGAAUGGUCGUUGUUUACGCAGAACUUGCCCUUAUGUACAUUCCAAACCCAAGGUCAGCACUCGGACUCAGUAUCCCCCUCCGCCCUCCAGAAAUGUAUUCAAGGGUCCAGAGAAUCGGCGUGAAAACGUUAAGGAUCUGCUGGCUGUGGUGAAUGAAUGCAACAUGGCGUUGGGCGUACAUCUGAGAGGUCGGCAUUCUAAUGAACAAGGGUGUGAGGACCGAGAGACCACCAGUCUGGACUCGGAGGGCAACGCCUCCCCGGCAGCCAUAUUUGAGGCGGCCUACCUACUUCAGCAAUGCUCCUCCUGGCGUGAGACCAGGGAGACCCUCAUUGACAUCUGCCAGCGCAAGCCCGAGGUGGCCAGUUGCCGGCCGGUGGUCCAGGAACUAAUGGACAAGCUGCGCGGCUCGCCCGAGGUGCUGGGGGAGAAAUUUGGCAACUUUGUGGCUGUCUUCAAGAGGUAUCUUGCCGAGAAUGCCAGUGACCCUGCGACGGAUAGCCUGAAGCAAGCCCUAUCACGCCUGGGGGUCAGUAGUGCCAUGCUAUGCUGUAACAAUAGCCAAUGGCACCAGGCUCGAUACAUCCUAGACUGCCUGUACAAUCAAAGCUUCCCUUGCCCAGUGGAACUUGCUCAGAACGUGCUCCUAAUACAACAACUUCUAUCCAAGCAUCAACCUCCAACCUUACAGGAAGGCAGCAUGACCCCUUGUGCUAAAGGUGUAUGAGGUGUUUAUUUUUGUGCCUUUUUUAUUCAGGCAAACCAAAUGGCAGUUUAUGCCAAAAUGCAGUUAAUGAAAAGGGGUAACGAAGAGUGGCAUAUCAAGUGGUAGUAAUACACAUGGGAGGAGAACUGCAAGUUAUGUCAAUUUAUGCAAACUUUGUGCAAAUUAAUGAAAGGUUUAUAUGGUGACAUUAUGGCCAAGUUCCAUAAUACAAUAAUCACCCAUGCAUUGACUGGUCAGAAUGCAGAAUUUUGGUGCAUUUUUUUGUAAACCACUCUGGUUUAUUGCUCUACCUUGCAGUAUGUUUGCUCCAUGCUGCCCUUUGCCCACAGUCCAUCCAAAAAUGGACUGUGUCAGAUUUGGCCGUAAGCGCCUCUCACAUUUGGUUUGUGUAUCUUCCCACAGUGCUUAGGACAGAGUUGACCAAGCUACAAUUUGCUGAGUAGCAUCCAAUUUCACGAAACAGUACGUAACUUAUGCUGUGUGUAGGAGUUACGCAACAAAUUGGUUGCGCAGUUAUCUUGGAAUUGAUUUCACAAAACUUGGCGUUGCUGUGCAACAUUUUAUCUUGGAGGAGGAUAAUCACAGCAUUUUUGACAGCUGUUUAUUCACAGCUUUUCUUCAGAAGUUUUUAUUUUAUGAUUCAGAAGACAUCUGCCCGCCAUUUUGCAUGGCAUUAUUUGGAAUCAUGCGGCAACUCUAAAUAUUCUAACAAGGGUGAAAUGGCGAUUCAUUUACCUAAAACCCAAAGCUAUGAGUGUCUUGUAUCAAUCUUGAUAAGUUAUGCAAUGACAGUCUCCACGACGAUCACAAUAGUGUAUUUUCAGUGGCUACGCCUUAUAACUUACAUCACCAAAAAUGAUUGCCGAAGUUACACCAUAAUUUGUUGCACAAGUCGCGUACUUAUGCACUAUGAAACGUUUGUGAAAUCGGCUGCUGUUUAUGCAAACAAAUUUAGCUAAUAUUAAACCAAUCAGUUACGUGGCGUGGGGCUGGUAAUUAACCUAUUCUGACUUGAUUAUUUGUACCAUGCUUGAGAAAUUCUGUCUGUUUGUAGUUUAGCAGCUCUAUGGAAAUGGACCCCUGAUUGAAUGUAAAUACUAAAAAAUAAGUAAUGAUAAAAUCUAAUUGCGUUAUUUGUCAACGACAAGAAGAAAGUCAGUUUGAAUGUUAUUAUCGUUGUUGUCAUGGUUCUUUCGUAGUGG